UAACAAAUUGCAUCUCUUCAUUUGAUUUCAUUUAGUCCAUAGUCAAUAUUUUGAUUUUGGGAACCAAAAACCCUUUCAAAACCCUCUUUUCUUCUUCUUCUUUUUCUCUCAUAACUCUCUUCUUCUAUCUUAUGCAGCUAUCACCUUCUCAACUGCAAAACAUGUCUUCUCUUGUUCCAUCCAACAACAUCUUUUCCGGCCCUCGCAAAAACAACAACAAACCUUCUCUCCCUAAAUGCAACAACAACUACUCUCAACCUUCCCGUCGCCGCCUUGCCUUCAAACCCCUCACCAUCAUCACCGCCGCUGCCAUUUCCGUCCACUGUAACAAACCUGUUUUCCUCUACGGCAACAUCACUGGUGGUGGAAUUAAUGGUGGCAGUGGUAGUGGAGGAUGGUGGUUUGGCGGUGGUGGUGGUGGUGGUGGUGGAUUUUGGUCUAGGUUUUUUACUCCAGCAGCAGCAAUUGCUGAUGAAACUAAAUCUGAUGAAUUUGAUUCUCAUGGUAUGCCUGUCAAUAUAACUAUUCAAUUGAACAAACUCAGUGGUUUUAAGAAAUACAAGAUUUCUGAUAUUACUUUUUUCGAUAAGAAACGAAAAACAAAAACUAGUUCUGAUGAUUCUUUUAGUGAAAUGAUUACUAUUGUUCCGGGCGGAGUUUAUACUAGGGCCCAAUUACAGAAGGAGUUGGAUGGUUUAACAUCAAGUGGAAUGUUUGAAAAGGUUGAUCUUGAAGGGAAGACAAAUGCUGAUGGAACUGUUGGAAUCACGGUUUCGUAUAGUGAGAGUACUUGGGAGGCUGCCGAGAAGUUUCGUUGUAUGAAUGUUGGUAUGAUGCCGCAGACAAAGCCGAUUGAGUUGGAUUCUGAUAUGACUGAGAAGGAGAGGAUGAAACAGUAUUUGAGUCAGGAGAGGGAGUAUAAGAGGAGGAUGGAGAAGGCGAGGCCGUGUAUUUUGCCAAAUACGGUUCAUUUGGAGAUUAUGGAUAUGAUGAGGAAAGAGAGGAGUUUGAGUGCUAGGUUGUUGCAGAAGAUUAGGGAUAGGGUUCAGAAGUGGUAUCAUGAUCAAGGGUAUGCUUGUGCUCAAGUGGUUAAUUUUGGAAAUCUUAAUACGAAAGAAGUUGUUUGUGAGGUUGUUGAAGGUGAUAUCAGUCAAUUGCAAGUUCAGUUCAUCGAUAAGCUUGGCAAUGUUGUUGAAGGCAAUACUCAAGCCACUGUGAUACAUAGAGAGCUUCCCAAAGAGCUGCGUCCGGGUAACACCUUUAAUAUUGAAGCAGGGAAGCAAGCUUUAAAAAACAUAAAUUCCCUUUCUUUGUUUUCGAAUAUUGAGGUUAAUCCACGGCCUGAUGAGACCAGUGAGGGAGGCAUAAUUGUUGAAAUUAAGGUAAAAGAGAUGGAUCAGAAGACGGCUGAUGUCAGUACUGAAUGGAGUAUUAUCCCUGGACGUGGAGGGUAUCCGACUCUGGCCUCACUUCAACCUGGUGGAACUAUUUCUUUUGAGCAUCGGAAUCUGCAAGGACUGAAUAGAGCUCUUAGUGGUUCCAUUACAACCAGCAACUUCUUCAACCCUCAGGAUGAUCUUGCAUUUAAGAUGGAGUACGCACAUCCAUAUUUUGAUGGUGUCGAUAAUCCACGAAACCGAACUCUUCAUGUAAGCUGUUUCAAUAGCCGAAAGCUGAGUCCAGUAUUCACUGGGGGCCCCGGGCUGGAUGAAGUGCCACCAAUAUGGGUUGAUCGCGGUGGUGUCAAAGCUAAUAUUACAGAGAAUUUCACGCCACAGAGUAAAUUCACUUAUGGACUUGUAAUGGAAGAGAUAACAACUCGCGACGAAGGUAAUCAAAUCUGUGCAAAUGGUCAAAGAGUACUACCUGGUGGUGGAAUUAGUGCAGAUGGACCUCCCACCAGCCUCGGUGGUACUGGCAUUGAUCACAUGGCAUUUUUACAAGCGAAUAUCACUCGUGAUAACACACGUUUUGUGAAUGGAGCUGUAGUUGGAGCGAGAAAUAUGUUCCAGGUAGAUCAAGGCCUAGGCAUUGGCACCCAGUUCCCAUUCUUCAAUCGUCACCAGCUAACUCUGACACGGUUUAUCCAGUUGAUGUUUGUGGAGGAAGGAGCUGGUAAACCACCCCCACCAGUUCUUGUCCUCCAUGGCCGCUAUGGUGGUUGUGUAGGCGAUCUUCCAAGUUAUGAUGCUUUUACUCUUGGUGGCCCUUAUUCUGUAAGGGGUUACAACAUGGGUGAACUUGGUGCUGCCAGAAACAUGCUGGAGCUUGCAGCUGAGUUACGGAUACCUGUUAAAGGCAUGCAUGUCUAUGGUUUUGCAGAGCAUGGGAAUGAUCUAGGGAGUUCAAAGGAUGUCAAAGGGAAUCCUACAGAAGUCUAUAGGCGAAUGGGUCAAGGUUCAUCUUAUGGUGUUGGUGCUAAGCUUGGUUUGGUCAGAGCAGAAUAUGCCAUUGAUCAUAACUCAGGAACUGGUGCAUUAUAUUUACGUUUUGGAGAGAGGUUUUAAGCUGCAAAUUACUCACAGUAUAUUGUUAACAGUUUUUAAACUACAUUUUUUUGGUUUGAGUGGGCGCCGUCCUAAUACUAGACUAGUAGACUUGUUUUCUUUAGUACUUGGGAGAAUUGUUACAAAGUUCUGAAAUAAUAUUGAUGUAGCUGAUUGUCUUGAUAUUUGAUAGUUUUUAUUUUUGCGACUA